AAUAUCAGUGUUGCUGCAGAACGGGGUGAAGGAUUUCCGUUGGAAAGCAAGAGCUCAGGCACUUCCUCCAGCAGCGUCACUGCGAUGCGGGAGGGCUCGCGAGGCAGACACUUUUGAACGGGACACGCUGGGCAGCCCCCAGCAAUGCCCCUUCCCUGGGCUUGACGAUGGCCGUGGAGCUGAGAGUCCUCCUCCUGCUGCCGCUCUGGGUCCCAGGUCUCCAUGCCCAAACAACCGAUGCUGUGGAGAGAUUAUCAGAAGGAAGCACUCUCUAUAUCCACUGUCCUUACACAGCACAGAGAAACUACCAGCACCCAAAAGCCUGGUGCCGCCUGAGAGGUGACAAAUGGGAGCCCUUAGUGGAGACGACCGUAUCAAGCCAAUACCCGUCUGUGACCCGGGCCACAAAUGGGAAAGUUACAAUAGAGGACUAUCCCCUGAAUCACACCGUGUCCAUCACCAUGGUCAACCUCCAGGCAGAGGACUCAGGCAUAUACUCCUGUGCUUACCCUCACUACCCCGACCUAUAUUAUCUUCUAAAAACAAUCUCUCUGAUUGUUUUCAAGGAGUUGCACCGGUACGAGUUGGACAGUCUCUCUGUGCAGUGCCCGUACAGCACCCACGGCUACGGCACAGAUACAAAAACCUGGUGUCGAACACAAGGUCAGACUGAGUGUAACGUCGUGGCGAGGACAGGUUACCCUUCAGCACGUCGGAACAAUAAAGACCUGGAAGGCAGAACAUUGGUCUGGGAUCGCACCAGGCAGAGGACUGUCACCAUCACCAUGCAGAAGCUGCAGGCCCACGACACCGGCCUGUACUGGUGUGCACUCUCCAGAGGCGGUCCCCUCACCCCUAUAAUGGGGGUCAAGCUCUCGGUGUCCAAGAGGCUCCAACGAUACACAGCCAAGGAGUCAGGCAAUGUCUCUGUCCAGUGUCAGUACAGCGCCCAGCACUAUGGGGCUCUGAACAAAGCCUGGUGCAAAGAGGGAGCUCAGCAAGCAUGUACUGCCAUGGUCAACACGAUUUCAAAGCCUUCAGGGUACCUCAGGGCACCCCAGCAAGGCAGAGUCACGAUCCAGGACGACAGCCAGCGGGGGAUUGUCACCAUCACCAUGGAGGACGUGCAGGCACGGGACUCCGGCGUGUACUGGUGUGCGCUUUAUGAACAGCUGCACCUUUUCCGAAUGGUGGAGGUUACGCUCAGUAUUUCUAACGAUGAAACACCAAACAUCUUUUCUUCCCCGUCUCCAGUGACUCCCUCAUACGCCACUGAGACAACUACUGGUAAUGAGGAAGAAGUAAAACAAAACGGGUUCCAGAUCAUCCUUUGGCCUGGCGUUGCUAUCGUGACCAGCAAGACCCUGGCAGUAGUGAUCCUAGUGUUCCUCGUGAGAAGGAGGAAGAGGAACUCCACCGUGAAGGCGCCCAGAUGACAGUAAGCAGCAAAAUCACAGUGCAAAAGUACAGUCACCUCCUGAAAGGGAACGCCCUGCCUGGUGGGGGUACAACUCAUGAGGGCUUUCAGCCAAAACCCAAGCAAGUCCCUUCCCACCAAAGCUUUUCCACUGGGGCAACUUCAUGGGAUUGAAUCCCAUUCCGAGAAGCAAUGAAAUGGGUAAGACACCAACAGACACCAACAGACACACUGAGACGCUGCCCUUGAGCACAGCGGUGAGAAAAGCGCAAGGAAGAGAGGGGGGAAGGGGCCUGGGGAAAAAAACCCUCUGCUAUAUAGAGUCAGGUUUCCCCUCUUUUCCCCAAGGUCUCUUGAAUUUCUGAAAUGCAACUCCUCCCACCACAGCACUCCGUACCUCCAACUACACAAAGCCUCCCUCUCACAAGGCUCAGGGGACACUCUGUACGACCAGGCAAUCUGUGCCCAGGUCCAGGAAUAUUCCUAUCAUUCUGCAAGGCACAGGAAGUGUUUACCCCCUUCAGGAAACACCAGCCUUCUUUUCCCCUUGCUGGACUCAAGUAUGAACCCAUCCAGGCUAACAGACAUUUCAGGAACGGCUUUUCCCUCCUCCCGCCCGCGGCCGGAGACACCAGGAGGGGAGGCAGUUGUGACAAGAGCUCAUGUGACACUCCCUGCCAAAAGCACCUCUGUGCCCCAGGCUGAAGCAGUCUCUUCCAGCAAGCCACAGCACAAGCUACCACCUGCUGCCACCCUGCCAGCCUCACCUGAGGCCAGCCCUUAAAUAUCUUCUGCCACGGAAGAGAGCAGAGUCAAAGGGGAGUGGGAGAGAGGGGAGAAAACAGCUUCCUACUGCCUCAAUUAAUGCUCUCGUCCUCCUCCUCUUUCUACCCU